GAUAGGGCGUUAGUUUUGGCAUACACCUGUACAGGGUGAGCUCAUUGUGCAGUGGGUAAUGUCCCUAUUUCUGAACCAGAAGCUGCAGGUUCGAGUCCCCCACCAGGACUUGCUGACCUAUCCAAUCAGGUUCACUGUCAGCCUGUAAAUUGUUCCCAUACACCUGAAUGGUUGUGGUCAACCUGUUCUGGGGGGGGGGGUGCCAUGAAACCGCUGCUGUGGACAAUAUCCAACAGCAAUUCUAUGGCACACCCUUCUUCUCUCUCCCUGUCAUCUUUGGAGUUCUGGAAAGAGACAGAGAAGCAGCGGGAGCGGCGAUGGUAUCACAGGGAGCAUGGCAGUGGCCAUUGAUCCUGGGGCGGUGUUGGCUGGUGGUCUGGUGCAGGGGCCUGAGCCCCACAUAGUUAGAGUGAGCCCAAAGGAUUGAUCCCCUGGCAUUUGCAGCGUAAUGAGCUGGAAGCCCGAGGUUUCCUGGAAAACAGGCCAGUGCACAGGAGACCAAGCCCUUGCAGGGAAUGCAUGUAAGAAAGGCUGUUGAAUUUUCACCUUUAUUCCACAUUUUUCCACUUACUACUGGGAAGGACUAUGGUAAUGCUUUACAGUUGAUGUUGUUUCUCUAUGUUACCGCUUAUACCUAAGGUUCUGUACCUAAGAUACCACCACAUGUGGUGACACUGUACACUUUUCACUGUACUCCUGUACAAGUGACAACAAAGCUUCAAUCAAAUAAAUCAAAUCAACUCAAUCCCCAGAAAUGAGAAUGGUGGGAGAUACAGGUGCUAGCACACUGCUGAUGGGCCAAAUGCCCCCCUUGUGUUUGCUCAUGCUGAAUUGAAUUGAAAUCUAUGGCCUGGCCCUGCAAACGAGGAUGGCAGGAAGAACACAUGCUAAUGCCCUGCUGAUGGCCUCCUUGCGCUAUCUGGCUCACGUGGGACGUCUCUCUGACACGUUGCCCAGAAGGUGUCAACAAAUGUACCACAUAUGGGGCAGUCAUCACAGUGAGUGCAAAUUUUUAACCUGCACUGUUUCUGUGUCCCCUUUAGUCCCCGCUUUACACUGGGCUAUCUGCUGGGAUUGUGAGCUUGCUUUGUGAUUGUAAAAAUCCAGAUACACUUAAAAUGUGUAGCUUGUUUACCCGGAGAAUUAUGUGAUAGAUGAUGUGGAAAGGGAUUUUUACAACUGUCCCAAAACGCCCGAAUUGACAGAGGGCCUGAAUUUGAAAGGUGUUCUCGCUCGAAGUUCAAUUUCAGUAAUUCUAGCCCCUCUCCCCUGUAGCCCCACCCCCACUACCUCAUUCAACCCCUUGCCCACUCCUUGGUGAAGACUGCAUAGGGCUCAGCUAUGAUACCUCACUUAGCCGAAUGACACAGGUGAAUUGCCCUACCCUCACAGGCUGAGAGGAGGGGAAGGGGUUGGCGCGUGGUGUGGGGAUGGCAGCGGAAUCUUUAAACAUUUCUGAGGCAGAGGUAGGACAGUUCUUGAUUGCCAAGAGGGCGAAAGAUUAUCGGGGAGGGUAGAGUUGAGGUUAAAAAUCAGAGCAGCGAUGAGGGGCCGACUGGCCUGCUCUUGUUGCUACAAAAGGGAGGUGGAUAGAGCUGAAUCCUCCUUCCCUCACUGAUAGUGAGCAGUAGUGGAGUCAGGCUGUCUGGUGUCUGGAAUCUGCUCCCCAUAUUCUGUCCUUCCAGCAUAUGAUUGACAGUGUGUUUUAACUUCACCAAGAAAGGCGGGGUCAUGAGCUGUCAAUUCCCAGACAGAUAGAGAGAGAGAGAAUGAACGUUUAACAGCCCCACGACUGCGGAACAAUACAGCCUUCCACCUAAAGGAGAUCAGGGGACAGUCUGUGAGAUUUCUGUUUGACAAGGAAUCCUCACGAGAAGCACCAUGUCAUCAGAACAGGAGGAGAUGUCACCCUCACAGCCACCUCAGUCCCUCAAAUCAUCAGUGUCCCCGCCUCUAUCCUAUCUCCGUGACAAUAUCAAAUCAUGGGAACGGAACAGCUCCCUCCUGGCGGAUCUGCCCAGUCCCCUCCCUACCAAACGGACCCGCACCUACUCUGCCUCAGCUCGGGCUAAUCUUGGGCCUCUUUCGAAGGGAAAAUGCAAGUGUUUCUCCAGGUCACAGGGCCAUGGCUUCAUUACACCCAUGGACGGGAAAGAGGACAUCUUUGUACACAUCUCUGACAUCGAGGGAGAGUACGUGCCAGUGGAAGGUGAUGAGGUCACAUACAAGGUCUGUGCCGUCCCACCCAAGAACCUGAAGUACCAAGCAGUCGAGGUGGUCAUCACCCACCUGGCACCAGGCACCAAGCACGAGACCUGGUCUGGGCAGAUUGUUAACUCCUGAGGCAGGCCGGGCCUUGCGGCUCAGGCCCUGUCAACGGGGCCUUCGAAAUGAAACAAAACAUUCAACGACAGUAAUUGUGGGGAAGAUUAUGUGAUUUGUGAGCCGUGUGUUGUUAUUUAAUGGUUCGGGAUUUUAAAAAGAAUUACACACAAAACAGAGCAGAGUUCCCACCAGGCUGGGGAAAGGGGUAUGAUCAUGGCUGUUUAUUUUCGUUCUUAUUUAUUUAUGCUAAAGUCCACUCGCACUGUUGGCCGUGAAAUAUUUCUGCUUCAUUACAGAGUCUGGAUCGGAUUAUUCCCCAGGAGGUCUGUUCAGUGGGAGAUAAUAGUGUAACGCUGAUGUCACUGGCUUAAAGCAAUCUGAACACCCAGCCGAAAGUCCUCUGGGGUUGAAAGGUCAUGGCACUUGGUAGAAUUAAAAUUCAAUGAAAAGUCUGGGAUUAAAACCUAAUGUACUGAUGACUACAAACCUAUGUUCAAUAGAAACCCGUCUGGUUCAUUGAGGGUCUGGUCCUUUAGGGAAGGAACUCUGCCGUCCUUACCUGGUCUAGGGCCUACAUGUAACUCCAGACCCCAGCUAUGUGGUUGACGCUUUGUUGAAUCCCUCCAGUGUGGACGUUGGCCAUUCAGUCCAUACUUACCCUCCAAAGAGCAUCCCACCCUAUCCCUUUAACCCCACAUUUCCCAAGAUUAACCCACCCUAACCUACACAUUCCUGGACACUACAGACAAUUUAGCAUGGCCAAUCCACCCUAACCUGCACAUCUUUGGACUGUGGGAGGAAACCCGCAGACACGGGGAGAAUGUGCAAACCCCACACAGGCAGUCACCCGAGGCUGGAAUUGAACCCGGUCCCUGGUGUUGUGAGGCUGCAGGGCUAACCAUUGAUCCACUGCAUCAUCCUAACUGCCCUCUGAAAUGGCUGAGCAAGCCAUUGUGCUCAAGGGUAAUUAGAGAUGGGCAAUAAUUUCCAGUAAUGUCCACAUUCCCACAAACGAUAUUUUAAAACGUCACCUUGUUUUACUUCCCAAUGAUAGGGAGGGCUCAUUUUAACUUUAACACAAAUUUCUCACCAUCAGGCCAUAGGGCAGGGGCUGUUCAGCUCCUUGAGCCCAUUCAGCUUAGCUGUGCAAUAUCAUUGUCUAGUUUAACUCCAUCAUCCCACCUGGAUUGUUUCGAUAUUUUAACAUUCUGACCUCACAAAAAUCUAUCAGUUUUGACACUUUCAGUUGAGCCCCGACUGAACAGAAGAAGAGGUCAGGAAUUCCACUACCCUUUCUUUUUCCCGAUGUAGUUCACAGGACCUGGGCAUCGCUGGCUGGGCCCAGCAUUUAUUCCCUGUCCCUAGUUGCCCCUUCAGAAGGUGGUGAUGAGCUGCCUUCUUGAACUGCUGCAGUCCACCUGCUGUGGGGUGACCCACAAUGCCAUUAGGGAGGGAAUUCCAGAAUUUGGACCCAGCGACAGUGAAGGAACGGCGAUAUAGUUCCAAGUCAGGCUGGUGAGUGGCUUGGAGGGGAGCUUGGUGUUCCCAUGUAUCUGCUGCCCUUGUCCUUCUGGAUGGAAGUGGUCGUAGGUUUGGAAGGUGCUGCCUGAGGAUCUUUGGGUGAGUUUCUGCAGUGCGUCUUGUAGACAGUACACACUGCUGCUACUGAGCGUCGAUGGGGGAGGGAAUGGAUGCCUGUUGAUGUUGAGCCAAUCAAGCGGCUGCUUUGCCCUGGAUGGUGUCACAUUCCUUGGGGAUUGACAGAGCUGUGAAUAGUGUUGGUGUAAGCAAAUACUUCCCAACCAUGAAUCCACCUGCUGUGAUUCAAAGCUUCUACCCUCUUUGUUCUCGAUAAUCCUGUCCAUAGCAACUAGCUUCUGCCCAUCAAAUCCUUCAAUCUCAUUUAAAAUGCAGCAAACAUUUUAUUAACGGGCACCUAUGGGACCAGGAGCCUACCAGUUGGUCAGACGUUCUGGUUGACGAAGCGGUCCACAUUAUAUUAAAGCACACACUCAGUAACAGAAACAGAACACGGGGUAUACAGUGAUAAUGGGAACUGCAGAUGCUGGAGAAUCCAAGAUAAUGAAAUGUGAGG